AUGGAGCUCGAAGAAUCUCACCAGCGGCCUGCCAGCCAAAACUCACAUUACAGCAGUCAUCGGCCCCAUGUGAAGCCAGGUCAUCAUGCUCACUCCCGGCCACCUUCACAUCAACGUCGGCCGCUUCGCAGCGUCAACGAGAACUCGACACUCCUCCGGUCUCCAGGUCCACUGGAGAGCAUGCUCAAGACAACAACCGAAACAGGCGACAUUGGCAUCUUCUCCAUCAAGGCUACACCCCCUUCGGUGACUUAUCAUCACCCUCCCCGUCCAAGACCCAGCUUUGGUGACGCAGGUCUCCUUACCCGACCUCACUCUCGGGGACUUGAUAACUUCGUUCACGAUGACCGCAAGGCGCUCCCCUCGUAUCGAGAUACCACGUCCGAGAUUAUUUCGCUGUACGGCUCGUCGACCCAGCCGUCCAAUUCACGGCCCUUCUCUCCGUCACUGGAUGAUGGUCGACGGUCAUACUCCUUGACAACAUGCAGCUCAAGACAACUACCUUCCCAAAAGUCAUCAUGCACUUUGCAAAGCUUCUCAAGUUCCGGUGGUCUUCAGCGUCCUCGUUCCCCUUACCCGUAUCCGACCCGUCUGAAACGACCUGGAUUCCGACCAGCUUCCCCGGCCAUGACAGACAACGGAGGUGUUAAUUACAGUAAGAUGGUUGAGCUUGACCGUGUCUCAUAUCGGACUGGCCAUGGGUCCUACAAACCAACAUACUACUCAAGCCAUCGUCGCCCGCCGCCUCUUUCUCUGCGGCCAGAUUUCAGCAGGUCGACGUCUUCUUUGCCUUCGCGAGCCUCCCCUGGCCCGUAUUAUCACGGACCUGGACCACACCGUUCCAGAACUCCCAACUCGAUGAUUCACUGGGGCCCUAGGCCACCACGUCGGCAACAAGAUUGCAGCGACCAAAGUGUUCGGUCAGCCAGUUUGACGUCCAUCGUUGAAAUGUAUCAGAGACCUAUGAAUAUGAGCAAACAGGGGCCACCUCUGCGUUCCACUGGUUCGUUCUACUAUGACUACACUGAGGAAUUCGAGACAGACCCCCAACAAGGGCCUGAUCUUUCCUCCCCUCUUUGUCCUAUUCCUCAGCGUGCGGGUAGCACUAGUCGACCCAUGGUCUUGAGAGAAGACAGCCAUUGUCACUUGGAGGCCCAAGAUGUCCCAGCCGCGUCUCAUGAACGUGGACAUGAGAAGGACAUGGCCGAAGAAAGCACACACAGCCCCGUUCUGAUGGAAGUGGAAGAGGUUUCAUCACCCAAAGAUGAGCACAAUGCCAAUCAGUCAACCUGCAAUUCUACUCAGACCAUCGACACGAACCAGGUUCAGCCAACUCCGUAUUUGAGUGGACGUGUCAGGGGUAUUGAAAAUGUCGAUGCCAUGCUGCUUCAAACCAGACUCGUGAACUCGAGAUCAGCCCCCCCUGCUUCGCUGAGAGUGGAGGUUGGAACCGGCUCGGAUACAGAUCUAGAGUCAUCGCCAAGUCCCGAAAGCACACUGAGUUCUUCUGGGGGUGGGCUGUGGCAGUCGUCUAAGUCAGGGGCUGGGGUUAAUGACCCUCACGGACAGCGAGCAUUUCGGUCUGCUUCUCGAAGACUGAGGCAUACGAUGAAUUCAGCGUGCCCAGAGACCAGUCCCGCGUUUGACACUUUUGACCCCUCCGCAAAGAUGUCAUUGGAUACGCAGGAACAUGGUAUAGUCAUCGAAACUGACCCGAACAUCCAAGAGGCCAAGUCGAGACAUUCGAAACAUCGGGGCGAACUGCCAGAAACUCACGCACUGUUCCCAAACCACCCAUCUCAGACACAAAGAUACGCCGCCGAGUCAAGAGGAGAACGGCCAUUGGGAAAACACCGACGGAACCCAGCAGCUGCUGUCAUCAAGUCUCCCGACACUCUGGAAUCAGCUACUAUAAAUCUCAACCUGGCCCAUUCAGUUUCAAAGGCGGACACUCCCAUCCUAUCACCGAACCCAAUCUCACCUGCACAACAGUUGAAGCUGACGAACAGCAUCCCUCAGUUGAUGAAAGCGCUGCCUCCGUUGCCCCAAGAAGCACAGCAACGGUGUGAAUCACCCUGUGAGAGCUUGUUGACAGAACCAGAGGUCUCAACAGGGCUUCUCUUUACCAGCCCAACAAAAUCUCUGAUACACUUUAAGUGCGAAGAAAGCCCCAGCUUCUUAGCCCCAAAAGUUGUCUCUGACGAGAAUGGUCCGGAGUCAUCAAAGGCCAAUUGUCGAACAAGGUCGUCGAAAUUCAAGAUUCGGAUGAAGUCAUCCCGUCCUCCCAACAUGGAAGGGCAAGCGACCACAGGCCUUAAGGCAAUCUCGGGAGGGUCAAAUGACUACCAAAAACCAAGACUCAAGCUCAAGAUAUCCCGCACUCACCUGGGUCAAGAUAAACCAGCCGUCCAACACGGAACAGUUAUACGAAACCAAGCGUUGAAACAAUGCAGCUCUUUGUCGGAUCUGGGUCGCCGCCCAAAGAAGAAUCUAUUUACGAGCCGCUGCAGCCUUGAAGAAGUGUGCUUCGACAAGGAGACACGUCCUGGGCUCGAAAAAGGUGGAUUGAAAGCGAUUCAUGAAGGAAACGGAAUUGAGCCUUCUCCCAAACCAUCGGAUCAGUUCGAUAUCCCUUACCCUGCGUCGCCUAGUAAAGGGGGAAAUUCAACAAUCAAGCAAAGGCGAGAUGUGGGGGACGGAAAUAACCAACAACUAGUUCAUAAAGCAGAGUCAACCGGGAAUCGACGCGGCUUGCGGCAGAAGGUGUCACUGCUUCGACUCCGAGUCCCUGGGUUUCCUCCGCCCAAACCUAGGAAGUCCAGACAAGAUUCAGACUCGUCUGGAAGCCAUGGAAGCUCAUCAUCGCCCAACGUAUGUGGUGAUAAGCCAUUGGGUAGACAUGGAACCGUGGGUCACAAGCGAGGUCACGCAAGCUCACUUCGACUGGGCAAGCGGCAUCGACGGGUCCGACGGUGGGCGUUUGAGGCGAAACGCGCUGUGCGAUCAUGUGUGAGGAGGACCUUGGAUCGGUCUUCGCACUCGAGCGGGGAAGACUGA